AUGCAACCCAAGUCGGAUCCCCGAAAACCUAGAUCUCGCGCCAAAGGUGGGCCCGCCUUUGUUUUCGUUGACACUACCGAGUGCCUUGCUGGCGGGCCACAUAACGAAGAUUCGAGAGUUCUCAUCAGACGGCAAGCUGCACGGUCAGGUCGCAAACACCAGCGCACGCAAACUGUGGAACAGGACCAGAAUGAUACCCAGGGAGGAUCUGAAGCAUUGGUGCUCCGGGGAGUCGCUGUGAAGCGCGUAGUCCCCACAGAAGACGAUGACAGUGUUUAUCACUCCAUUGCCCCGCAGCCCUCACUCACUGGGUAUGAGGCGUUGAGGGUGAAGUUUAAUUUUGACAUUACCUAUCUCGCAAGCUUUACAGAUGUCGAUUUAGGGAAAACAGCAGCCCUUGCUAUACAGAAACAGCCAACUCUGCUUUUGAGCCUUCUCCAGCAACGACCGUUCUCGUUCCUCAGCUUCCUCCCCGGUCGUUAUGGCUCCAGCGCUUGCCUUGACGAUGCCAUGAACUGCCUUGCUGCACAGGCCGGUAAUUUGUUUGGCUGUGCGACAAGAACGUCUACUAUAUCCGCCCUCUACGGAAAAGCUUUGAGAAGCUUGCAGCAUGCAAUUACUGAUGCUAAUCUGUGUAGGGAGGCUGAUGUCUACUGCGCAACGCGGCUUUUGACACUUUAUGAGUUGAUCAGUCCGCCUAAAUCGAAUCACUGGGUUCUUCAUAACCGCGGGGGAAUAAAAUUGCUUGAAUCGAGGGGGCCCGAGAAUCAUCAAACGACAUUUGACCGAAUGCUUCUAAAAAGUGUGGCGCCAUCUAUCCUCUUAGACGAAAUGUAUCAAAUGCGAGACUCCAGCAUGUUCGAAUUACCUGAAUGGCAGUCCGUCUUCGAAUAUGCAUCAGCGUGCGAAGCAGACCAUGACGCAAGUCUUUGGUGGGAGUUCUUUCGACUCGUCUGCUUCGUCACGGGCGUUGUAACUGAAAUGAGAAGCAUUUUCACAGCCCCGAUUACCCAGUCCGAGUAUUCAGCAAGAUCCUUGAAAGUCCUCAACCGAGCAAGAUGGGUACGGAAAAUGUUCCAAGACGGCCACGCCCGUUACCGAACGAGAGAGCCAUAUCCCUUAUCCCUCUUCGAUCUUCCUCUUACACCGGAAUCACCCGACCGUAUUAGACUCCGUGGGUUCUACUUUCACCCAUCGAUGCAAAUUUGUCGGGCAAUUACAACUAUUUCACCGGACGAGACGGAGCGCGCUGCGGCAGAAGCCGAGGCACAAACGUUAGCAGCGCAGGCGUUGUUGAUUCAACACACGACUGUUCAGCUGGCUCCGGUCAUGUCGUGGUAUUUCACGCAAAAGAAUCCCUUUGCCCAUUCUAUUAUAAGGACGAGGGCGGAAUGGGCAUCUCAUAGCAAACUACCGUGGGAAGUGCUACGGGAUGACCUGGCGCAGCGGUGGUUGAAGUGGCAUUAUUCUUGGAGGGUGACACAUCUUUCUGAAUCGCUGAUGGCGGAUUCUGAUUAA